AACUGCGGAACGUUCCAAUAUCCGAAGAUUGAACUUCAAUACGUUUAACUUCGGAACGUUACAGUAUCCACGUACCACUAUCCGAAGUUAAACUUCGGCUUAUGUUUGUAGAAUCUCCAAAGGCUGUGCCUUAUCCCAUGAAAGCUUUUCCGCUACUUAGUUUAGUUUUACCGUUGUGGGAGUUAGACAUUUUGUAUAAUGCUUUUAGUUUAGCGAUAAUAGACUAAUGUUCAUCUAGUGUUAAGCAAAAUAAGUUUUUGUUUUUGUUACAUCUAGUCAGUAAAUUCCAGGUUUAUGAGCGAGACCAAUAUUUAAUAUUAUAUUCUUGACCUUUUCAUUUGAUAUGUUUAGUUGUUACAAGUGCAACUUAGGGUUAAGUGAUGUUUUUGACAUUUGUUACUUUUUGCUUGAUUUUAAGAUUGUUUUAAAAUGUUUUGGCUUUGUUUCUAAUAUACAUUUUAUUAAUUAAUAAUGAUUUUAGGAUGCUGAUAUCGUAAUGAGUGCGUAUCAAAUGAUUACAUACUUGAGUUCGUCGUUGAGGGAUGUUUACGAAUCUAAUUCUGUAAAAAAUCGUCUGUGGUCGCUCAUGCAACUCGCCCAAGUAGCGAGAGCCGAAAAGUAAUGUCGCUUAAAAACUGGAAGGGCGGAAAUCACGGCACCGUGCACUCGCCCCACGCUUUCGCGUUGCCAUGUGCUCGCCCCUACACCUCCCCGAUGCUGUUGAUUCGACAUUAAGCUAUCAAUGAUAAAAAAUAUAUUUAUUUCCUAUAUUAACGUGCAUAAUAAAUGUUUUUAUAGAAAUACGGUGACAAACGAGCACACAGUCCACCUGAUGGUAAGUGGUUGCUGAGGACCAUAGACAUCUACAAUUCUUCUCGCUUGCGAAUCAAAAUGCAGAUUCGUUAUUAGCCUUGAGGACUAAGAUGGAAUGCCUAUUUUCCAGUAAAAAGGGUCUCCGGUUCUCUACACUAACCAUACGAAACACAGCAGCAUUAAGGUGCUAUUUUACGCUGGUAUUCUGUGAGAGCAUGGUCCUCCCCGGUCGAGCCGACCCAUUCGUGCUACAACUAUACUAUAAAUAUAGCUGCAGCUUGGCUCUACCACGUAAAAAAAAAUUGUUAUGGCUAUCACAAAUAAUAAUGGCUAUUUCAAAUAAACAUAAAUCAAUGCAGACGAUGUCUAGAACAUUCUUCUCCCUUUGAUAGUCUCUUAACGAAAUAAUAUUAUGUAACAUUAUAUUAUUAAACAAUUGCAAGAUAUUUUAGAAAUCUAAAAAUCAAUUUACUACAAAUUUUAUAUUUAUUUUAGUUGCAAACAUAUUGGUUGGUUGGAGCUACAGAAAAGGCAAUACAAAAGAGACAUGUAGAUGGUGAAGAGCGUCCACUGUUCAGACGACCACGAAGAAGUCCGAGGCUAGCGGACUCUAGACAUCCUUCCUUAUCAGAGCUGAAGAACGAUGGUGGUUGGCCAGUUGGUGGCGUGCGACAGCGGCUGCACAGCGGGGGCGGCGCUGCGCGGCGCGCACUCGCUGGACGUGCUGGCGCCGCGCCGUGAGUCGCGCCGCGCGCUGCGUCGCGGACACACGUCGCGCUCGCUCGAUGCCGACGUCGCCGUCUCCACCGUGUCCGGCCCGCUCUUCAACGGCACCAUCAUCGGCAUCGUCACCGACGACCUACCCAAGACCGCCGAGGACAGCCCCCUUCUGCGCAAGUGCAGCCUCCACAACAAGCUCGACCGCCCCAAGCGCAAGGUGCACGACGCCAACUACAUCGAGUUCUACAAGAAGUGGCGCUCGCUCGAGAACAUCGCGGACGUCAAGAGCGACAUGCGCAAGAUGCCGCGCUUCGCGAUCCGCUCGUGGCUGCUGGGCAUCUUCAGCGGCACGCGCAGCAGCAGCUCGUCGCUGCGCCGCGCGCCGCCGCUGCUCGACCGCGAGUCUGCCGUCUGAACGCCUACUCUGUACCUUUUUUUAGUCGACCAAGCUAAUCAGACUAUUCAACGUGACGUCACUUGCGGCCGAAUCCGAUUGUAACAAUGAUCUGUGUCGUAAAAUGGACACUCGAUCGUUUCGUCUAUUUGGCUCGGUCGAGUAGUACGAUAUCCUUACUCCCCCUAAUUAUUUCCUUAGUGUUAUAACAAUACUGUGCAAUGGAACUUAUUUCUAAGUACUGUCGAUGAGUCAAACAUUAAAUUCACAAUUCCGAAGGAGUUUUCCCGUAGUAUCUAUUCUAUACACUCGAUUCAUUUAAAUGUAUAUUAGAUAUAUGUAUAUGAAAUGCUGUUGUAAAUAAUAUGUGUAAGUAAAACGAUGUUACCGUAAAUUGUGAAUUAAGAGUUUAAUGUUAUUAAAUAAUUUCUAUUG